UGGGAGUCGGGCCGGCCGGGGCAGGCGGGGGAUCGAGGGGAGCGGUGCCAUGGGCUGCCACGGUCACAUCUCGAGCUUGUUCCGCCGCAACCUGCAGCCCACGCUCACCUACUGGAGCGUUUUCUUCAGCUUCGGCCUCUGCAUCGGCUUCCUGGGGCCCACGGUGUCGGACCUGCGCUGCCAGACUCACAGCUCGCUGCCCCAGAUCUCCUGGGUUUUUUUCUCGCAGCAGUUCUGUCUCCUGCUGGGCAGUGCUCUUGGGGGCAUCUUCAAGAAGACGCUGGCCAAAUCACUGUGCGUCCUCUUCACUUCAUCUCUGACCAUCUCACUAGUGUUUGCUGUCAUCCCCCUCUGCCAAGAUGUGAAGGUGUUGGCUACAGUCAUAGCUGUAGCUGGUCUGGCCAUGGGAUUCAUAGACACAGUGGCCAACAUGCAGUUGGUGAAGAUCUACCAAAAGGAUUCUGCCGUCUUCCUCCAGGUUCUCCAUUUUUUCGUGGGCUUUGGUGCUCUUUUGAGCCCCCUCAUCGCUGACCCCUUCCUUUCUGAGACUGAUUGUCUGCCAAUCAAUGCCACGAACCAUGACCGAGGCGGCAGCCCCCAUUUCCGAAAGAUCUUGACCCCUCACCAUGUUCUGCCCAACCUGACCCGACAUGAGCUGCCUACCCACACCUGGGUAGGAAGUCAGAUGUCUUAUGCCUUCUGGAUCAUGGCCUUAAUAAACCUGCCAGUGCCCAUCUCGGUUCUCUUCCUGCUGUCCAAGGAACGGAUGGUGCCCUGUUGUCCGAAGAAAAAACCUCUGCUCCUGACUACUGAUGAGCUUGCCCUCCAAAUGGAGCUGCCUGAGAAGGAGGAUUCCUCUUCUCUGCCUACUAAAGCACAGUCGGAAACAGGGCACGGAACCCGGUUUCUCUGUUGUCAAAAGAAGAGUUUUCGAGGUGUUCCUUGCUCCUUCUUUGCCAUUCACAUCACGGCAGCCCUGGUGCUAUUCAUGACUGAUGGAAUCAUGGGUGAAUAUUCUGCCUUUGUGUACACCUAUGCGGUAGAUGAUCCACUCUUCAUAGGACAUAAGGUGGCCGGCUACCUUCCCAGCAUCUUCUGGGGCUUUGUCACCUUAGGCCGGCUCAUCUCCAUCCCCAUCUCUUCCCGAAUGAGCCCAGCCACCAUGGUCUUCAUCAACUUGGUGGGCGUGGUGAGCACGUUCCUGGUCCUCCUCUUCUUCUACUACAGCGUGAUCUUCUUGUUCGUGGGCACCGCCUGCCUGGGCCUGUUCCUCAGCAGCACCUUCCCCAGCAUGCUGGCGUACACCGAGGACAUCCUGCAGUACAAGGGCUGCGCAACCACGAUGCUGGUAACGGGGGCAGGAAUCGGUGAGAUGACACUUCAGCUGCUCAUUGGCUCGAUUAUCCAAGUGCUGGGCAAAUACAGCUUCCUGGUCUGUGGCGUGAUCUUUGGCUGCCUGGCUUUUACCUUCUACAUCAUGCUCCUGUUUUUCCACAGGAUAUACUCCAGGCCCUCAUCAGUCUUGACCUUGGACAAACCACCAGGGACAGAAAGCCCUGAAGUCUACCAGCAGUAAAAAUCAGGUGAAGAAGACAAAAGGAGAUCCCUCUCCCAGAAGCACAACACAGACCCCCCCCCAGCCUUACCUGAUAACACUGGAGAGAUCUAAACUGUUUAAACUUGCUCCUCUCUACAAGGGAGGGUUCAAAAAGAAAUAAUUUAGAUCAACUCUAGGACAGUGGCUUCUCUUGGGGCAAAUCAACAAGAGCUUAUUUAGCUAUUUCCAUUCCCCUUCCUUGCCCGAUUUCCUGGUUCAUUGCCUAUGGUGUCCAGAUGGGGAGAAAAGGGAUACACCUACACUUACAACUCUGAGGCCUCCUGAACUGAACCCUUAGAGUUUUGGCAGUCAAUCUUGGAUACAGUCUGAAAGAAAGAAGUAGGGCCAAACUUAAAAGACAAUGUUCAGUGAAAUCUGACAAAUUUAGAUAAAUGUGAUAUUUUAAAUUAACCUGGAUGAGCCUUGGGUUAUUUCCUAGUGAACUCUACAUCCCAAGAAGAACUACUACGCUUGACUUGGAAUUAAUCCCAAAUGUAGGGGAUUCUUGAUUUUGAUGAUCCCCUAAAAUUCAGUGAUUCAUUUCAUUGUAAAAUUUUGGAAGGAAAGUUGAAUCUUAAUGGUUCUAGGACAUGGACAAUGUAUGAUUAAUCUAGGAAAACAGAAGAGUGGGAAAAUAUUAUGUAUUCUGUUUUCCUUUACUCUGUGUGGAUGUGUGGGUAAGUGUGGUUGAAAUAUCUACAGAAUCAGCAGAAAUAGCAGUAUGGAUUUUUUUAAAACUGUUAGGUUUAGUGCUUUUACCUCUUCUGCUUAGAAAAAUCUGUCUCUUCACUAUCAAGAAGGAAUAAUGGCACACUGAAGCAAAGGGAAACACUGGGACUUCCUGGCACUUUUAAAAGCUGUGUACUAUACUAAAAGUAGUGACUACAAAGACAAAUUAUGAAGACUGCAUGUAGAGUACCAAUAACAAUGAGAGAGGUAUACCUCUUUAUUUUUUUAAAGAAAUGAAUACCAGUGACUUUAUAUUAAUUUAUUUGCAUUUUAUGGAUGCAUCAACAGGUAUGUGGGUGUGUAUCAAUACAUUUACAUCUGUUUAUAUAUGUUUGUAUAUCUGUAUGUAUAACAUACAUAUUACAUGUAUAUUUAAACAUAUGUUUAUAUGUACAUAUAGGUACAUCUACAUACAAACUUUAUUAAAACUAUAGUGAUUAUCAUUCAACCAUCAUUCCUAACCAGGUUCACUCAAGUCAACAAGCAUUUUUAAAGGGCCUACUACAUACCCAGGCAUUAUGCUAAGCAAUAACUACACAAAAUUUUAAAAAUUAAAACAGUAUCUGCUUUCAAGGAGUUUACAUUCUGCUGAGAGGGAAAAAAAUGUAGAUAAGUAAAUAUAAGGUAAUUUGGGGAGGGAAAGGACAGUACUACUAAUUGGCAAGGAUAGGGGGAAAACCUCUCACUUAGGAGAUAGCCCUUGAGCUAAUUCUUGAAGGAAACUGGAGGUUUCAAGAGAAAGAAGUGAGGGAGGAGAAAACAUUUCAAACAUGUGAGACAGCCUAAACAAAGACACUGAAAUGGGACAUUCCAUAGUUUUGUCUGUGACACAACUAUUACAGAUUGGCCAAACCAAAGAACACGUAUUCUACUUGACUACUACUCGUAUGCAGGAAAUAAGCUAAAAACACAGAACUAACUUUCUGAAAAAUGAUUGCUUGGGUAUAGCAUAUACCUCUUACCUCAGAGGGCAGUUAAGGACAUCCAUACUUUAAAAAAAAAAAAAAAAACUGUCCAUACAAUAAGUCGUAGGCUCCCAUAUAACUUAAUUGUACAAUCUAAUUGUAGUGAAAAGCUGCCCUUGAUCAACAGAAAACAGCUGGACUUUCUCCAUUCAAUUAAACUGUAGUGUGUUUUUAUGCUGUGCUUCAAGGGAGGAAUCAGAAGCAAAAUAAAAACGGCACUUGACCAAA